UGGGUUUUUACUCAUUUCCUGCAGACAGCGGGUAGCCUCCUCUUGUGGGCAGCUGGAAUAGUUUAUUCUGGAGCUCGGUUCGAACCUCGACACUGUUUGUUCGUCCUGAGACUAUAGGUGUAUGAUGGCAUGCUGUCCUGGCCGAGUGGGUGACUUCUAGCAACAGGAAAUCAGUGACACUGACAGCCCCCAGCAAGCCAUGCUGCAGCCCUGUGGAUUAACUAGAUUACCAAACAGCUUCACCUUCUCAACAUUUCUCAGCAUCUGGAACUCUGUGUUCAAAGACAGCCACAUCACUCGCCCUGCUUCAUGAGCCAGCAGGAUGCAGCUGAGGUCCUCGCACUUUCCGAGCGCCUCCUCAUAGCUUCACACAAGGGACAAGCUGACAAUGUGGUCCAGCUUAUCAACAAAGGUGCAAAAGUAGCCGUCACCAAGUACGGCAGAAGCCCCCUUCACCUGGCUGCCCACAAAGGUCACCUUGAGGUUGUGCGGAUCCUGCUGAAAGCUGGAUGCGAUCUGGACAUUCAAGAUGAUGGGGAGCAGACAGCCUUACACCGUGCUGCUGUGGUGGGAAACACUGACAUUAUCAGCGCACUCAUCCAGGAAGGGUGUGCACUGGAGAGACAGGAUAAGGAUGGCAACACCGCUCUUCACGAGGUUUCCUGGCAUGGAUUCAGUCAGUGUGUGAAACUGCUGGUGAAGGCUGGAGCCAACGUUCAUGCCAAAAAUAAGGCUGGGAACACAGCUCUCCACCUGGCCUGUCAGAACGGUCACACCCAGAGCUCCAAGGUCCUGCUGCUCGGUGGAUCCCGACCUGACAGCCAAAACCAUGCAGGCGACACCUGUCUGCAUGUGGCUGCUCGGUAUAAUCACGUGGCUAUGCUGCGCAUCCUGCUGGGAGCUUUUUGUUCAGUGUCAGAGAAGAACACAGUUGGAGACACACCACUCCAUGUGGCAGCUGCUCUGAACCACAAGAAAACUGUUCGUCUAUUACUGGAGGCUGGAGCAGACAGUCAGAUUCAAAACAAUGCAGGUCAGACUGCUUUGGACCAUGCCAGAGAUCACAACAACCCAGAGGUGGCUCUGCUUCUAACCAAGGCUCCCCAGGUGCAGAGCUUCAUGCGUGGCAGGACUGUGAGGAAGAGAAGAGAGAAGCUGAAAGCAGACCGCCGAGCGCGGUCGGUGCCCAGAGAUGAGAUGCUGAGCUGUAAUGACAGUGCAUCUGCUGCAGACGGCACCCAGAGCAGCGACCCAGCAGCUCCACUGGCAGAGGCAAACAGCAGACAAGAGAAGGCCAGGAAGCAGAAAGAAAAGCCAUCUUUGUCCGAACCUCUGCGCCGCAGAGAGAUCAGGAGGAAAAACAAAACACAUGGAGCCUCUCCUUAUGGAUCCAUUCCACCUCACAACUACAAAGCUUAUCAGCUCUACACACUCUACAGGGGCAAGGAUGGCAAGAUCAUGCAAGCUCCACUGAACGGCUGCCGCUGUGACCCACUGCUCAGUAAAUUGGAGAACCAGCUGGAAGCCACUAAGGAGGAGAUGAAGACAGAGAUCCACGCCGUGGAAGAUCUGGUCAACAAAAAGAUGGGUCAGCUGGACCGCAGGAGCAAACACCAGAUCCGAGCUCUGGAUAAGAUGACGGUGGAAAGAAUUUCUGCAGAGAAGAGCGAGUGUCUGCAGAGGAUGGAGCACUGGGCUCUGCAGGAGCGACUGGAAGCAGAGAAGAGACAGACGUCUCUGGCUACUGAGCUGAAGAGCUGGUGUUUGUCCAAACUACAGAACAUGGAGGUCCGCUUCAUGGGAGACUCCAGCACCAAGCUGCAGCGCUCCUCCUCUCUGGCUGAUGAUCUGUGUGAAGCUGAUGGAGCCAGCAGCACCGUGCAGCCUGCUGAGCUGGGCUGCAGCUCCCCACUCCCACUGCCCAACCGGGCUGAAGCCAGUAAGGUGGAGGGCGGCUCGGCCAGCCACUACUUUGUGGUUCAUGUGGAGAACUCUCCAGAUGGUGAGAAGGAGCAUAAGACAGAGGCUGCAGCACUGUCGUCUGUCCAGGUGGUCCGGCCUAAGGAACGCUCUGCAGACGCUCAGAGGAAUAAACAGAACCUGCAGAGAGCGGGCCUGGCAGACCCAAAGGCUGCUGGGAGACCGAGGCACAGAGCCAGCAGCCUGUCUCCUGCCACAGGGCGGCGCUGCAGCAGCAGAGAUGUAGAGAGAGGCCGAGUCAGAGCAAAGCAGCAUGAAAAGCAUGCAGGCGGCAGGACCAGGUCAAGGGGAGACACAGGGAUCCGGACUAUGGAGCUGCUUAAAGACCUCUCUGGUGGGCCGUCCUUUGCUCAGGAGAGGGACAGCAUGCACGCUGUGGAGGUGACCCAGUACUUCUUCGAGGCUGUGUCCACCCAGAUGGAGCGCUGGUAUGAGAGGAAGGUGCAGGAGGCCCGCUGGCAGGCCAACCAGAGGGCUCAGGCCGACAAGGCUGCUCUGGUCCAGAGGAUCGCUAACCUGGAGGAAGAGCUCCGUGUUCUGAGGACAAGUCGCCAUGACGACUACUAACGCGCCUCUUCAGAACAUUCUGGCCUUCCAGGGGGUGGGGCUGCCUGGAAUAUUCAGCACCUCCAUCCAUGUGGGGCUGAUUGUUAUUGCAGAACUGAGCAAAUGACUUAAUGUGUACAUAUUGAAAAUAACAUUCUUAUGUUCUUAACAUAAGGAUGCUAUGUGAAGAAGCACAGCAUCUUCUUCAUAUAGCAUCCUUGAAAUCCACUAUGGAUCAUAGAACAUACUAUGACCCCUAGUGUUCACUAUGAUCCGUAGUGUUCACUAGUGUUUGCUAUGAUCACACCAUCAUGUGGGGACAUGCCUGCUGCCUGCUGGAUUCAAACAGAUAAGCUAUGAUGUAUUUAUAACACUGAAUGUGGAAAAAACCUGGUGGAUUUCCAGCCAUUUGUUUUACUGCAUAGUGACUUUUAUUAAAGCUGUAGAGUUAACACACA